AUGGAGAGAAUUAGUCCAUUCUCAACCGAGCUGGACUUCGUGGACCUCGACGUCGACUUUCACUACAACCUUCUCGGUGUCCCACAGUCGAGCACGACACUUUUCCACAAGCCCCGAAAGGUCGAAAAGGCGAGCCUUCUCUACACUCUCAGCGAUAUCGGCGUACUCGGCGCCCGGGGCGGUUUCUUGCGCGCCGGCGACGGCCAGAGCUGGCUCUGCAGCGCUUAUGGCAACUCUGUUCACGCCUGGGACGCAUUUACGGGGCGGAACACUUGGUGGAUGGAUUUUGCCGGUGAGAUAAAGGAUUUAGAAAUACUCGAGGUGACGGAGGAUGGGCGCAAGGACGUCCUUGUUCUCUUCGAGGAGGCAGGGUCUACAGUUGUUCGGCGCCUGCGAGGCGACAGCGGCCAGGUCGUAUGGGAGGCUAGCGACUCUGGAAAGGAUAUCCCUCUCCAGGUUUCCACCAACAUCGAAUCCGUCUACUCCGUUAGCUUGCACGAUGUUACGUUUGUCGGCUCAAACUCGGCGGCCCCGAUCAUUGCGUGGACCGACGCAUCUGUCUCGAAACUCCGCGUCAAUGUCAUUGGCACGAAGAACAAGCUCGAAUUUCCCCUUGCCCCGGAUGCCGUGAGCGUGGACGUUCAUGCGCCUCAUCAAGUUCAAUCGAAUCCGCACUUUUUGGUGCACACACGGACCAAAACAGGCAACCGUGCGGAGGUGUACCAUGUCAAUCUCAAGAACAACGACGUCUCCAAAGCCUACGAGUUGCCCCAUCUUCCCGGCCUCGGCGCAGUCUCGACUAGCACUGACGGAUUGAACGUCUAUUUCACCCGCAUCACGGAGGAGGAGAUUAUCCUUGUUGACUCCACCUCCCAUGGAGUUCUCGGAAAAAAGGGGGAUAAGUUUGCCGUCCGCUCUGCUAUCACCACCACCUCGGACGAAUGGACGCUUGUCAGGAAUGGCGACGUGGUUUGGGCUCGACCUGAAGGCAUGAGUGCCGCUGUUGCUGCUGCUUGGGCCGAGAUUCCCGAAACGGAGAGCCUUGCCAAGCUACUUGAAGAGGAAGCACACACCAACCCACUUUCCGCCUACAUCAGCCGAGUCACGCGCCACAUUAAUGAUCUUCAGUAUCUCCCCGACUACCUAGCUAGCCUACCAUCGCGCUUUAUCGGCAGCAUUUUGGCCAAUCAUGGAAAGGUACUUUGGUCAAAGAAGGCGGUUGAUCUCCCCAAGGGCCAGUCGUGGGAGGUGAGUGGAAUCCUCGUCAACGAGGUAGAGGGUUUGGUCGAGGUUGUAGGCUCUCACGGAGAUGUCACGGUUGCUAAGCCUGAUAGCGGAGAUAUCGUCAACUUCACGCCUCCCCAUGCCGAGGCCGUCUUCUCUCACGUUGCUCGUAUUGAGAGCGCUACAGGCCCUAGGCUGUUGACCGUGGGGGUAGACGGAACUAUCGAGGGCCUGUUGCCCGGGAGCACCUUUAACCAGACCCUUGUUCUACGCGGAGCGGGUGGCGAGCUCAAGGGCAUUAAGCUGAGCCCGGACGGCACUACUGCCAAGCAAACUACAUCUUGGGUCUUCACCCUCCGGCGGUAUCUCAACCCGAAUGCGCUCCUUGUCGCUGCUACGGACAAGACAAAGUCGACCCUCACAACAUAUGUCCUAGACUCGGUCUCGGGCGAGGUUCUAUCUUCUGCGUCGUACGAAGGCGUUGACGCUACCAAGCCCAUUGACUGCGUCAUGUCGGAGAACUGGUUUGCCUGCACAUUUUUCGGGCAUUACACUGUUCGAGACGGGACCAACCGGGUCAUCAAAGGAUAUCAGAUUUCGGUGACGGAUCUUUACGAGUCGGAAGUUUCAAAUGACCGCGGGCCACUGGGCGACGCGGCCAAGCGACCCGUUGGGCGGGACCCGACCAAGGAGGAGAUGGAAGCGGAAGGCCUCGCACGAUAUGCACCCCAGCUUGAACUCGACCCCCGACUUAUCAUUAGCCACGUCCGCGACGUGAUUGGGGUGAAGGAGAUUCUCGCGUCACCAACCAUCGUCGAGAGCACGAGUCUAAUCCUUUCCUACGGAAUUGACGUGUUCGCGUCGAGGGUCACGCCCAGCCUUCAGUUUGAUGUGUUGGGUAGAGAGUUUAACAAGCUGGCCCUUCUCGGUACGGUAGGCGCCCUUGCACUUGCAGUCAUGGCGCUCAAGCCAAUGGUACGAAGGAAACAAACGAACCAACGCUGGGAGGCACCAUCGUAG